AUGAGGACACAAGUAACUUCCACAUCAGUGGUUUCCAUCGUGUUUCGCUGUAGUGUGCUUGCUGCAGUGCUGUGCACAUCAUUGGUCGCCCAGGCGUAUAGUGUACGCUACACUUAUGUUACUUCCCCUACACCAGUAGACGCCCGGUUUGCCGGCCCCUGUCCAUGGCAAAGCGGAGGCCACACCAUGAUGCCCAUGAAGGAGAGCUUCCAAACAGAUGCGUACAGUAAGUUUGUUGGGGCUGCUUACACAGAGGCUCCCAUUGGCGGGUGGAAUCCCGCCGCUUCAUGCUCGUCUCAGAGGUGUCCGUGGAUCUACACCGCCGGCCUUAUGAACGGAACCCCAAUUGAGAAAUCCACAUUUUUGUACGGUGCGGUCUAUAAAGGGGUGGACUACACCGAAGCCGUUCCUGGCAUGUAUCAUAACUUCCAAAAGGGGGUUCAACCUGUUGCCUUUUUUCGACGCCAAGACAAUGUUAUCCCGAAAAUGAUGCCAAAUGGAUUUUGGAUGAAUGAGUUGCGAGACCACCUAUACACAACGUGGAUAUGUGAGUACUAUGAGUUUACUGCUUCUGAACAGGAAACGGCACCUGUAACGGAUGAGAAUGGCUUUGUUGUUAAAGAAGAAUCCAGCAAGUUUCGGUGGUGGGCUGGACUUAUCAUUGCUAUUGGUGUCGUUGUUAUUGUGGUUGUCAUUGUUAUUAUAUGCUGCUGCUGUUGCAAGAAACACAAAGAAAAGUUGCAAGAGGAAGAGAUUGCGGCGGAAGCGAGAAAGGAAGAAAAUAUCAGUCGGCUUCCCUCACAAUCACAGCUGGGCAUGGGUCGCUCUCGUAGUAUCGUGUACCGUGGAGAUGACGGUGGUGACUUUCAGGGCAGUGGGCCUACUGGUGUUGGGCGGAAUGGCAGUGUUUACAAUAACAGCAAUUAUGUUGAGAAUGAUGCUAUUGACGGUGGGAAUCCCCUUGAGGGUCAGUACCCUGCCGAAGAUUAUCAAUACAACAACAAUUACCAAGGUGGAUAUCCUCCUGAUGGCUAUGUUCCUCAGGGUGGAUAUCCGGCAAACUAUGGGUACCCUCCUCAAGCUGGCUACUAG